AGGCACUACAAGCAGCUGCUUUCGCUCGUCAUGAACUCCGAAGUUGUUCAAGCUUAUUUCGACUGCGUAGCAGGGUUGAAUUGGACGUGUCAAGAUAUUGCUGGUCUGCUGUUUACUCUUGCCGACAUCCAGAAGCCUUCGUCAACAGAUGUGGAAUGCCACUGGGUUGCACUAGCAAAAGCCAAGAAAGAAGCAGUCAGUGCGCUGAAAGACAUCACCUUCAGGAAGCACGUGCUCAACAAGCCGACCCCAAAGCAACCGUGGCACCGGGCUCCUCCUGCACCGACUUCAGGAAUAUAA